AUGGCUUCACGUUUCCCACGCUCUAAUCUGCAUCAGCGCGACCCCCGUGCUGCUUCGUCCCUUUUCGACUCGUACGGGGGUAAUUCUCGACCCGCCAGUCGGUCACCCGGUCAGGUGGGUGGAUAUGGAUAUGGAGGAUACCCCGGCCCUGGAGGCGAUGGGUCUUCGAACGGCGGCGCCACGAGUGGAGGCUAUCGAAGCGCGACGCCAAAUGUGAAGGGUCACUACUCUGACGCCGUCCUCUCCCAUCUCGAGUCCCAGAAUGACGUGGAGGUGGAAGGGAUCAGUGCGAAAGUGAAAAUGCUCAAAGACAUCACACUUGCCAUCGGUGAUGAAAUCCGGGACACUUCGACGAUUACAGAGCUAAACGAUUCAUUCGACAACACACGCCUGCGGAUCCGAGGGAAUAUGAAUCGCAUGCUGCGGAUGGCCGAGCGGACGGGCGUUGGCUGGCGUGUGUGGCUGGGUUUCUUCUUGGCCGUCUUCCUGCUAUUUGGAUAUGUCUGGCUGACCUAG